GCAGAAGCGGAUCGACAACAAAGAGGUGUGGCUCCGUAGGGCGCGCCUAGUUGCGCGCGAGUUCGCCUUCCUCGAGCCACAUCGUGAAGGGCUUUUCAGUCCGGCCAGCUCUGCCAUUGUCACCCGGCUGAUUCCUCACCUGUUCAUCCAGCAGAGAUCGUUGGGCUGGUCGAUGAUGGCAGUCGACAUUGCUGAUGCCUACUUGACAUGCAGCCAAGGCGAGCCGACGAUCACUUCGGUUAAGCUUGGGGAUGCCACGUUGUGGUUUCGCCUUGACAAGUGCCUGCCAGGCCAAAGGGACGGAAGCAGCCGUUGGUUCGGCGAGUUCAGCUCGUAUUUGCAUGAGCAUUGCAACACAGAGCAAAUGCCACAGAUGACAUCCAUCCUGCGGUUUCCAGAAAAGCAAGGAGCAGGCCUCCUCCACGUCGACGACCUACUGGCCGCUGGGGUCACUUCGAUACUGGAGGGCUGUUGCUCUCAGCUGUCGAGGAAAUACAAGAUCUCAGUGCAAUGGAUAAGAAGCCCAGGCGACGAGCUCAACUUCCUGAAGAAGCGCCACGUCCUUAUCUCAGACGGCGAGCUCUCCAUCGAGGUCCAUGGCAAGCACCUCGACCGGUUGCUCGAGAUUACCGGGCUUGCCCUUUCCAAGGGUCGAAGCCGACAGUCGCCGAUGCCCACGGGCAAUUUGCCCACAGAGCAGGAGGAUGACCCCCUCCUAGAUUCCGACCAGGGGAGUAAGUUUAGGACAUGCGUCGGCAUUCUCCUCUACCUCCAGGCGGACAUCCCUGAGGCACAAUUUGCCAUACGGUAUUUGGCUUCAUACAUGUCGAAACCAACGAGGGGCUCAUGGUCUCUCCUUCGCCAUUUAACCGGCUACCUGCACCAGCACCAAAGUCAAUGCCAAUGCGUCUCCAGCAGUGCGGUUGGCCAAGGGUUAAUAGUGCGCAACGAAGGCAAGCAUGAAGCUCAGCACCUCGUCGAGGCCUUUAGCGAUGCUGAUUGGGCAGGAUGCAAGAAAACCCGGAAGAGCGUAUCGGGAUCCGCGUUCUUGGUGAACAGCCAGCUGGUUUACUCUGCAAGCCGUACACAGCGCUUGAUUGCGCUCUCUAGUGCUGAAUCAGAGUAUCAUGCCGCAAUCAGCUGUGCCAUUGACGGAUUGCUCAUCAGAGCAGUCGUUGAGUUCUUGUAUCAAGGCGAGGUCGCACCCUUGAGAGUUCUCGUGGACAACCAAGCGUUCCUGGUUGCAUUGCAGACAGCCAGGUCUCUUGGUGGAAGCGAUGAUGAGCAAGAUGAUGGAAGCAAUGAGCCUACGGCCUGGGAGCUUUUCUUGUCAGUCAUGAUGCAAUUCUUCGGAUAUGUUGCUGCUUUCAUGGAAGCGUACCCGGCAGCUCUGAGUGCUGCCGCUCAAGUUGCAGUGAUUUGCAUUGUGCUGUGUUUCGCUUCUUGCAUCUUUCGGCGAGACCCUCAGCCGACUGUGAAUGUUCAUAUCGGUGGUGUCACUGUGAGCGGCACUCCGUCUGUGCCCCAGGACUACACCUCGACUUCAUCGCAAGAACCACCUAGUGCAGGUUGCAGCAGCGCUGAAGAAAGCUUCGAUGCCGAAGCGUGGAUCACUGAAGCAGCCCGGGAGGCUCGCAUGCAAAGCCAGGCCAAACUCAGAGGCGCUUCCAGCAAAGCCAAAAGCAGCCCACAGAGUGAAAAGCGCAAUGAGCGCCUGCACAUGCCGGGAUCGAGCAAUGACCAUAAGCAACUGCCAAAGGACGUCGUUAUCAUCGGAUCGGAUGUGGCAAGUUGCACAGUGCCAACAAUGUGGUGA